AUGGCCUCCGAGAAGCAGAUGAAGGACCCGCUUCGUGUGGGCGUCGCCAUCCGCGCCCAGCUCGAGAAAGAAAUCCCGCAGGACUUGCCUCUCGAGAAAGACUUCCGUGAAGGCUCCGAGUACACCAUCACUGACAACGUCAACGAAUUACACCAUAGCUUGGUGAAGGACCCCCGCACACUGCAGCUCAUCACCGGCCUCGUCAACCACCUCCACACCUUCGCCCGGCAGACACUACUCACCCAUGACGAGUGGACCAAGGUCGUCGAGUUCCUCACGCGCGUCGGCAAGGAGAGCACGGACUACAAGAACGAGUUCAUCCUCCUCAGCGACAUCCUCGGCUUCAGCGCGCUCAUCGACGAGCUGAACCACCCCAAGCCACCGACUUGCACUGACAGCUGCGAGCCGGGGCCUUUUUACUACCCUGGUGCUCCCGAGUUCCCGUCUGGCUGCUCGCUGGCGAAGGCCGGCACGACGGGCGAACCGAUGUACUUCUCCGCCACGAUCAAGAAUACCCGGGGACAGCCCAUCAAGGGUGCCAAGGUGGACGUGUGGCAAGCCGACGGAGACGGUAUCUACGAUGUCCAAUAUCCUGAUAGCAAGGAAGUCAACGACCGCGGCAAAAUUCUAGCUAAAGACGACGGGACAGUGUCCUACCGUGGCAUCCUCCCCACCGCGUACCCCAUUCCAAGUGAUGGGCCCGGCGGCGACCUCCUGCGUGCGCUCGGCCGGCAUCCUCACCGUGCUUCGCACAUUCACUUCAUGCUGACCGCUCCUGGGUACGACGAUCUUACAACCGCGCUGUAUCCCUCCCACUCGCCGUUCCUGGGCACGGACCCUGUCUUCGCGACCAAGAAAUCUCUCAUCUGCCCUGUGUACGAGGAACGCGAUCCGAAGAAGUGGAAGGAGAUGGGUUUCAGGGAUGGCGAGGUUACGGAUGGUAGAGUCUGGGUGUGGACGUUCGGCUUUGUGCUUGCGACCAAGGAGGAGGUCGAGCAGUGUCAGCGGAAACGCAUCGGCGCGAAGCUCUGAGUCGACACGCACGCAUCCUUCUGUCACGUUUGUCUCGCUGGGCUACCGUUAUUGCAGUAUUAUGACUUGCCGGGGGACCAGUCUCGGCCGCUAAAUGCUGCAACAUACCGCGUGCCUGUUCUCGUGAGAUCACCUCUGAAUGAGCAGCUAACGUUCAGUAAGGCAAGUUGAGUCUAGAAACCCAUGAUGCCGCAU